ACCUCAAGUAAGCAAAGCAUCUCAAGUAAACAAAGCACCUCAAGUAAGCAAAGCACCUCAAGCAGGCAAAGCACCUCAAGUAAGCUAAAGCACCUUUAGUAAGCAAAGCACCUCAAAUAAGCAAAGCAUCUCAAGUAAGCAAAGCAUCUCAAGUAAACAAAGCACCUCAAGUAAGCAAAGCACCUCAAGCGGGCAAAGCACCUCAAGUAAGCUAAAGCACCUCAAGCAAGUAAAGAACCUCAAGCAAGCAAAGCACCUCAAGUAAGCUAAAGCACCUUAAGUAAGCAAAGCAUCUCCAGUAAGCAAAGCACCUCAAGCAAGCUAAAGCACCUUAAGUAAGCAAAGCAUCUCAAGUAAGCUAAAGCACCUUAAGUAAGCAAAGCACCUCAAGUAACUAAAGCACCUCAAGCAGGCAAAGCACCUCAAGUAAGUAAAGCACCUCAAGUAAGCAAAGCACCUCAAGCAGGCAAAGCACCUCAAGCAGGCAAAGCAUCUCAAGCAAGCAAAGCACCUCAAGUAACCAAAGCAUCUCAAGCAAGCAAAGCACCGCAAGUAAGCAAAGCACCUCAAGCAAGCAAAGCACCUCAAGCAAGCAAAGCACCUCAAGUAAGCAAAGCACCUCAAGUAAGCAAAGCACCUCAAGCAAGCAAAGCACCUCAAGUAAGCAAAGCACCUCAAGCAAGCAAAGCACCUCAAGUAAGCCAAGCAUCUCAAGUAAGCAAAGCACCUCAAGUAAGCAAAGCACCUCAAGUAAGCAAAGCACCUCAAGUAAGCAAAGCACCUCAAGUAAGCAAAGCACCUCAAGUAAGCAAAGCACCUCAAGCAAGCAAAGCACCUCAAGCAAGCAAAGCACCUCAAGUAAGCAAAGCACCUCAAGUAAGCAAAGCACCUCAAGUAAGCAAAGCACCUCAAGUAAGCAAAGCACCUCAAGUAAGCAAAGCACCUCAAGUAAGCAAAGCACCUCAAGUAAGCAAAGCACCUCAAGUAAGCAAAGCACCUCAAGCAGGCAAAGCACCUCAAGUAAGCAAAGCACCUCAAGCAAGCAAAGCACCUCAAGCAAGCAAAGCACCUGA